AUGGAUGCUGCUGGUACUACCCUUUUGUAUUACAUCUUCUCCUCCUCCUCCUUAGGGUUCCUUAUUUUGAUUCUACUUUUCAAGUCCCUUAGCAUUUUACGAACCAAAAAUGGCAGUGUUCGACCCCCACCAACUCCACCAUCACUUCCCAUCAUUGGCCACCUCCACCUUGUGGGUUCAGUCAUACCAAAGUCAUUCCAAGCUCUGGCUCGCAAAUAUGGCCCUCUCAUUCAACUCCGUUUAGGUGCUUCAACAUGCCUAGUUGUCUCCAACGCCCAAGUCGCCAAAGAAGUGAUGAAAACACAUGACCUCAAUUUCUGUUACCGACCCCAGUUUGGGUCCUCAGAGUACUUCUUAUACAAAGGCUCUGCUUUCAUCACUGCCCCAUAUGGCCCUUAUUGGCGCUUCAUGAAAAAGCUUUGCGUUACUCAACUUCUCUCGAGCACGCAGGUUGGGCGCUUCGUGCACAUCCGAGAGCAGGAGAUUACGAAGCUCUUGAAAUCUCUUGUGGUGUGUUCCUCUGAAGGCAGGGACACGGAUUUGAGCUUUGAGCUCACUGCUUUGACCAACAAUAUCCUGUGUCGGAUGGCCAUGAGCACUAGUUGUUUUGACAACGUUAAUGAUGCCGAUGCGAUUCUUGGCCUGGUGAGGGAGUUUUUGCAUCUGGGAGCGAAAUUAAGCAUGGGUGAGGUGUUGGGACCUUUGGGAAAGUUUGACUUGUUUGGGUAUGGGAAGAAGCUUGUUAGAGUAGUUGGCAAAUUCGACCAAGUUUUGGAGCACAUCUUAGAGGAACAUGAAGAGAACAACUCCGAAACAGGGGACAUGAUGGAUAUUCUAUUGCAAGUCUACAAAGAUCCAAAUGCUGAAAUGAAGUUAACAAGGAACGAUAUCAAGGCCUUCUUCCUAGAUAUUUUCCUAGCGGGAACAGACACGUCUUCAACAGCGUCGCAAUGGGCCAUGGCAGAAAUCACGAACAACCCAGGAGUAUCGAGGAAGCUGAGAGCAGAGAUUGAUGCAGUGGUGGGGACUAGCAGGUUGGUCACUGAAUCGGACGUUCCAAAUCUUCGAUAUCUCCAAGCUGUUGUUAAGGAAGUGCUAAGACUCCAUCCAACGGCACCGUUUGCUCUUAGAGAAUCAGCAGAGGACUGCACCAUCAACGGCUAUGAAAUAAAGGGACACACGCGGACACUCAUCAAUGUCUAUGCAAUCAUGCGGGACCCACAAGCUUGGACCAACCCAGAGGAGUUUAUACCGGAAAGGUUCUUAAAAGACACUGAUACUGGUGGGAUCAACGGUGGAACUGAACGUAUGAAUAUAAUGACCGGUGGUGAUUUCAGGUACCUUCCAUUUGGGUAUGGUAGGAGGGGAUGUCCUGGAUCUUCCCUUGCCUUAUCAGUCAUACAAGUGACAGUUGCAUCACUGAUCCAAUGUUUUGAAUGGAAAAUGAAAGAGGGAGAGAAGGUUAGUAUGGAAGAAGGGUCAUCGUUUUCUGCAGGAUUGGCAAAGCCACUUGUUUGUUACCCUGUCACUCGUUUUAAUCCUUUUUAA